UUUACUUGUGUCAUGUCUAUUCCUUUAAACCUUUUGACAUUAUUGUAUGAUUUCUAGUUAUGUCUUGAUCUGAAUAUCGUUUACACACUUUGAUAGCCCAAUUGCUCAAAAGAUUGGCUAUUAUAUAGUUAAUUUUACCUUUGAGUGUAAUUGUGUGAUUGUGAUUUAGACCUUCUAGGCCUAUAACAAUCUUAGACUUAACAGUUUUUACACAAUGAGUAAGAGACAGUUUGAUGAUGCAUGUAGUUACAGUCUAAAACGUUUUAAGGAAAUCCCGAUUUUUGUUGUGGAGAAUCACAAUGAUGUUUUGCCUUUUAUUUAUAGGUGUAUUGGAUCAAAACAUUUACCAUUCAUUGGCAAUACAAUUUUGCAUUUUGACUCUCACCCUGACAUGUUAAUACCACAAGGUUUACAAGCGAAUGUAGUCUUCGAUAAACAAGAGUUAUUUGAUAGUUUGAGCAUUGAAAACUGGAUUUUACCUUCCGCUUUUGCCGGCCAUCUGAGUAAAAUUUUGUGGAUUAAACCUCCAUGGGCUGAUCAAAUUGUCGAUGGAAAUCACAAUUUUAAAAUUGGAAAAGCAGAAAAUGGUGAAAUCAUGGUAGAUAGCAUGGAAAACUACUUUUUAAGUGAUUGCUUAUAUUGCUCUGAAGAUGAUCUGUUAGAUUCAAGAGAUGUUGUGUUUGAAGUUACGACACUUGGAGCUUAUGAAAAUGAUGAUCUCAAAAGUUCCUCAGAGUUGACUAGAGUAAAGGAUAUUGUGACGAAGCUCGUAAAUGAUGGAGAUCCCUAUAUUUUAGAUAUAGAUCUUGACUACUUUAGUACAAGAAAUCCUUUUAAUCAACUUUAUAAAAAUGCUAAUCUCUACAAUGAGUUGAAAACUAUUUACAAUUUUUCACUACCGAAGGAAAAAAGUGCAAAAAGUUUAAAAGCCGCUCUAACUCACAGAAGAUCUCAAAUUGACCAGUUGGCUUGGGCUUGGUCAUACAUUGAGAAAAAUGGCAAUUUGGAUGGUUUUUCAGGAAAUUUGGUUCCCAUUUCAAAGAUUGAGCAGUUGGCAACUAAAGUGAAAAGCCUGUACAAUGAUAUCGAUUGGAUGAUGAUCCACGAAGCAGGAUGCACAUGUGAUGAGUCAGGCUUGCCUGAACAUGUAUCUUCUAAAACUGAAAUAAUGGACAUGAUUGAAACAUGUUUUACAAGAUUUAUUAAGGACCUCCCCAGUGCGCCAACCAUUAUUACUAUCUCUCGAUCCAGUGAAGAUGAUUACUGUCCACCAGAGGAUGUUGAUUGGAUUCAAAAUGAAGUUUUAGAAGUCCUUACAAAGCAUUUUAAUACUACAAAUGUAACUCUGCAAUAUGAAUGUGACGACAACUAAUUUAGGCUAAAUAAAUUAGCUCGUUAUUUCUCAGAAAACAAAUCAAUAUAGGCCUUCCUAGCCUAUAUGGAAUCCAAAUUGAAUCCUUACAAUCACAGAUUGUCAAGAUAGUAAGCAGAUAACUCCCAGGGGCUUGUGAAGAUGAUUUAAAAAGUCUUCUUUUGAGCUUCUCUACCAAAAUUAAUCAUGACACUCUGCAGUUUUGAGUAAGUCAUUCUAAGUGAAUUGUUGUAGAACAGAUUGUUCCCACUUGUUGAAAUAGUCUUUUUAAGUUUGAGAGGAAUGUUAACAAAUAAUAAGGUUUAGGGCAAUAAAACCUUUUCUGCUGUGA